AUGGCAGAGCUUUGCUUGGUGGCUUCACAUGGCUCCCAUCCUGGGCUAUUUGUCCAUCCAACUGAACAAGGAGGCUUAGGCAGGGUUGCUACACUGUUAGUUGUCAAGUGGAUAAGAGGGUUAUCAAACUUUCCUGACAAACACUGGAUCCUAUCAGGGUUCUUUGCAGCCAUGGUAUUACAAACCAAGGCUGCAUUGGACAGAGGAUCAAUCAGAAGCAGUGGGCAAAUCCCAAACAGAAAGAACUUUGAUCUGAUCCCAAGCUUCGAAUGCUGGCUUGAGAACUGCUCUGUGUCCUUCAAUUUUGGCCGAAGCCGAAGACCAGAACAAGUUCUCUUUUCAUUAAAUGGUGAAGGGUGGCAAAAUAUGAAUGACAUUAAAGAUAAGCUGAGCACAGCUUAUAAGGAGGAAGAGCAUUUUUGGAGACAAAAGUCGAGAAUUAGUUGGCUUAGGGAGGGGGAUAAAAAUACCAAGUUUUUUCACACCUAUGUCAAGGGUAGAAGAGUGCACAAUAGAAUCAGAAACUUGCAGCGUAAUGAUAGCUCUUGGACUAGCAGUGAGGAUGAGGUCGUGAAGGAAAUUUCUGAUUACUUUAAGGAUCUUUUUAGUAGUGGUGGGAGAGGUGACAUGUCUGAUAUUCUAGAUGGUAUUCCUAACUCCAUUACUCAGGAUAUGAAUAAUAAUCUGACUAAGGUAGUUGAGGAAAAAGAAAUUCAUGAUGCUCUCUUUUCCAUGAAUUCCGAAAAAUCUCCAGGACAAGAUGGGAUGACCCCUCUAUUUUUCCAGAGAUUUUGGAGCAUCAUCAAAAAAGACAUUAUCCCAGCGAUCCAAGCUUUCUUCACUUCAGGCUUCAUGCUCAAAUCUAUCAACCAUACAGUCAUAUCUCUGAUACCCAAAAUCCAGAAUCCUAUCAGCUUAAAGCAUUUCAGGCCUAUCAGUCUUUGUAGUGUGCUUUAUAAAAUCAUUUCAAAAAUCUUGGCUAAUAGACUAAAGGUUGUCCUGCACAAGUGCAUUAGCAAGACUCAAUCAGCUUUUAUCCCAGGUAGACAAAUCUUAGAUAAUGUAAUGGUUGCUCAUGAAUACAUGCAUUACUUGAAAAACAAAAGACAGGGGAAAAAUGGAUACAUGGCCGUUAAGCUUGACAUGGCAAAGGCUUAUGAUAGGGUGGAGUGGCAAUUUUUGCUGGCUAUGAUGAGCAAAAUGGGCUUCUGUACUAAAUGGAUUGAAUGGAUAACUGGCUGCCUAACAACAGUCAGUUAUUCCUUCAAUUGUAAUGGAGAAGUGAAAGGUUAUGUUUCACCAGGGAGAGGUAUUCGUCAAGGAGAUCCAUUGUCACCAUACCUGUUUUUAAUAUGUUCUGAGGGAUUCUCCAAUCUGUUAAGGCAAGCUGAAGAAAGCAAGAGGAUCACAGGCUUGAAAAUCAGCAGGCAAGGUCCUCAACUUACCCAUCUUUUCUUUGCUGAUGAUUCGCUUAUCUUUUGCAAAGCAAAUAAGGAAGAGGCAGCUGAAUUGAUGAAAGUCUUAAAAGUCUAUGAAGGAGCCUCAGGACAGCUGAUCAACUUCGACAAAUCUGCAGUUUUCUUUAGUAAAAAUCUGGAAGAGGUACAAAGAGGAAUGAUCUGCCAAGCCUUGGGAGGGAUGGUGGAAGCUAAGCAAGGUAAGUACUUGGGUCUUCCUAUGGUGAUUUCCAGAACAAAGAAUCAGAUUUUUGGUUUUAUUAGAGAAAACAUCAAGUGCAAGCUUCAGAAUUGGAAAAAUAAAUUUUUGAGCUUAGCUGGAAAAGAGGUCAUGCUGAAGGCAGUUGCAAUGGCCAUGCCUACGUACGUUAUGUCUUGCUUUAAGCUGCCCAGAUCACUCUACAAAGAAAUUAGCACCAUGAUGUCCAAUUUCUGGUGGGGUGGAUCUGAGGGAAGGAACAACAUGCACUGGAUCUCUUGGGACAAAAUGGUAGUACACAAGAACAUAGGCGGCCUUGGGUUCAAGGAUCUGGAAGCUUUCAACAAAGCACUUUUGGGUAAGCAGUUAUGGAGAAUAUUAACCAGCCCAAAUCUCCUGGUCAGCAAGGUUUUAAAAUCCAAGUAUUUCCCUCAGGAAUCCAUACUACAAUGCACCCUCCCUAAAAAUGCAUCAUGGAUUUGGCAAGGAUUGCUGGGAGCAAGAAGCUUAAUAGAGGAAGGCCUGAUUAGGAGGAUUGGAAAUGGUAGAAACACGAAAAUCUGGGACCAUAAAUGGUUACCAGAGACACCUACGGGGAAGCUUUCAACAUGCAGAACAAGUAACUGUGAGUUAAAGAUGGUUGAUGAGUUAAUUUGCCAGCAGAGAUGGAACAGAAAUGUUAUCUUCAGAUACUUCAACAAAGAAGACGCUGAGCAGAUUCUCCGUAUCCCCCUAAGCUUAUCAGGGAAGGAAGAUAGCUUCUACUGGAAACCAAAAGCUGGAGGGGAAUACACAGUCGACUCAGGAUACAAGCUGUUGAUGGAAAAAAGCAUGAGCAGAAGAAGGUGCAAUCAGGAGGGAGCUGGAACAAGCAUCUCAGAAGGAAGCCAGCAAAUGGUUCAGAUGUGGAAUACUUUAUGGAAGCUCAACAUCAAGCAUAAAAUCAAGCAUUUCAUCUGGAAGUGCAUUAAACGAGCAGUACCAGUCAGGGAGGCAGUGAGAAAGCGAACAGGAAUAGGGGACCCUAUCUGCUCAACCUGCGGUGAAGCUCCAGAAACCAUAGAACAUAUGCUACUCAACUGUCCACAUGCACUGGAAGUAUGGAAAUCAGCCCCCAUACAGUGGAAUGGAGCAAAUGAUCAGAGGGGUGAUUUCAUGAGAUGGUGGACGAGAGUUACAGAAGCAAGAACUAGACAGGAAGGUAAGGAGCAUAUUGGCUUGACAGCAAACAUAUUAUGGCAGGUAUGGAAAGAUAGGAACAAGAGGGAAUAUGAGAACUCAAGUAGAUUAGCUCCAUUGAGAUUAGUAGAACGGGCGCACAAAGAAUGGAUGGAACAAGGGGCUGAACAUCAGCAGGGGGAUAAAAAGAGUGCAGAAGAAACAGUACAUACCAAUGAUCUCCAAGGACAGAGCAAUGGAAAUGAAGGGGCCUUAAUCAUACGAGUGGCAACAGUAAAGAAACAAGGGCAAAACGUUUUUGGCAUAGGAGUCACAGUAAAGAAUGUGGCAAACUCUAAAAUUGCAGAUUGGAUGCUGACAGAGAGAAGUUUGGGGAACAACAUAUUAGACGCAGCUCUGGCAGUAAAAUUGGUUCUAUGCAAAGCUGUUCAACAGCAGUGGAGGGAGGUACGUCUCAAUUUCUGCAACAAAGAACUAUGGAAACAGCUAACACAGCAACGGCCAACAGAUAGUAAGAUGGCUACAUUGCUGGAGGAUAUUCUAAGUCUGAAGAGACUGUUUUGUAUGUGCUCUUUUGGCUUGGAAAGUGAGGAAAAUAUGUUAGACAGUAGACUACUGAGUGCAGAUGCUUUAAGCAUAAUUGUGGAUGAGGAAAGAUAUUUCCUCAGUGUUCGCUGA